AUGGUGUCGGACGCCAGCAAGAAGAAGGCGGCGCAGAAGAAGGCCGCCGCCGCCGCAAAGAGGGGCGCCAAGGUGCCCGCCUCCUCCUCCGCAUCGUCUUCCGCCUCCGCCAACAAGACUGGGGCCAAGGCCGCUGCCGACGCCCUCGCCGCCGUCCAGCUCUCGGACCGCACCUGCACCGCCGUGCUCACCUCCCACCCGCUCUCCCGCGACAUACACAUUGAGUCUCUCACUUUAACAUUCCACGGCCACGACCUACUUGUAGACACAGAACUGGAGCUCAACUACGGCAGGCGCUAUGGUUUGCUUGGUCUGAAUGGCUGCGGCAAGUCCUGCCUUCUCAAAGCAAUAGGGUGCAGGGAGCUUCCUAUCCCUGACCACAUGGAUAUAUACCACCUCAGCCAUGAGAUCGAGGCUUCAGACAUGUCUGCACUUGGAGCCGUCAUUAGCUGUGAUGAAGAAAGGGUCAAGCUGGAAAAGGAAGCUGAAGUUUUGGCUGCUCAAGAUGAUGGCGGUGGUGCAGCUUUGGAGCGCGUAUAUGAGCGGUUAGAAGCAAUUGAUGCAUCCACCGCUGAAAAGCGUGCUGCUGAGAUUUUGUUUGGCUUAGGCUUUAACAAGCAGAUGCAGGCCAAGAAAACCAGGGACUUUUCUGGCGGUUGGCGCAUGAGGAUUGCUUUGGCAAGAGCUCUGUUCAUGAAUCCAACCAUCCUUUUGCUCGAUGAGCCUACCAAUCAUCUUGAUCUUGAGGCAUGCGUGUGGCUGGAAGAAACGCUGAAGAAAUUUGACCGUAUACUUGUUGUGAUAUCACACUCUCAAGACUUCCUGAAUGGAGUAUGUACCAACAUCAUCCACAUGCAGAACAGGAAGCUGAAGCUGUACACUGGGAAUUUCGACCAGUAUGUCCAGACGCGAUCUGAGCUGGAGGAGAACCAGAUGAAGCAGUACAGGUGGGAGCAGGACCAGAUUGCGUCGAUGAAGGAGUACAUCGCGCGCUUCGGGCACGGGUCCGCCAAGCUGGCACGUCAGGCCCAGAGCAAGGAGAAGACGCUGGCCAAGAUGGAGCGCGGCGGGCUGACGGAGAAGGUGGCGAGGGACAGGAUCCUGACGUUCCGGUUCGCCAACGUGGGCAAGCUCCCGCCGCCGGUGCUGCAGUUUGUGGAGGUGACGUUCGGGUACACGCCGGACAACCUGAUCUACAAGAAGCUGGACUUUGGCGUGGACCUGGACUCGCGGGUGGCGCUGGUGGGGCCCAACGGGGCGGGUAAGAGCACGCUGCUGAAGCUGAUGACGGGGGAGCUGGUGCCGCUGGACGGGAUGGUGCGGCGGCACAACCACCUGCGGAUCGCGCAGUUCCACCAGCACCUGGCGGAGAAGCUGGACCUGGACCUGUCUGCGCUGCAGUACAUGCUGAACGAGUACCCGGGUAACGAGGAGGAGCGGAUGCGGGCGGCGAUCGGCAGGUUCGGGCUGUCGGGGAAGGCGCAGGUGAUGCCGAUGCGCAACCUGUCGGACGGGCAGCGGAGCCGGGUGAUCUUCGCGUGGCUGGCAUGGCGCGAGCCUCAGAUGCUGCUGCUGGACGAGCCGACGAACCACCUGGACAUCGAGACGAUCGACUCGCUGGCGGAGGCGCUGAACGAGUGGGACGGGGGCCUGGUGCUGGUGAGCCAUGACUUCAGGCUGAUCAACCAGGUGGCGCAGGAGAUCUGGGUGUGCGAGAAGCAGGCGGUGACGCGGUGGGAGGGGGACAUCAUGGAGUUCAAGGAGCACCUGAAGAGCAAGUCGGGCGGCAUGUCGGACGACUGA